AUGACCUCCGAUGAUAUAGAACCUCAGCUCGACGUCGCCCCCGUCGCCAAGAUCUCAAAAAAGAGGCUCAAGCCUGCGAGAAAGCAGGUGAAGCCGGGCGACGUUGUCAAAAGUGAAACACCACAGACAGGCAAAGAGUACAAUAUCUGGUAUAACAAAUGGGCAGGGGGUGAUAGGGAAGAUAGCUAUUCGAAUAAAACGAAGUCGCAAUCGAGAUGCAACAUCAAGCGCGACCAAGGGCUCACCCGAGCCAAUACAACUGGGAUGAAAUACAUUUGCCUCUUCUUCUCGCGAGGGUGCUGUCCCUACGGUUGGGAAUGCGAGUAUCGGCAUACUCUACCUGAUCCCGACGAUUCGAUGCCUGACAGUUCAAAAGACUGUUUUGCGCGAGACAAGUUUGCGGACUAUCGUGAUGAUAUGGGCGGUGUUGGAAGCUUUAACCGGCAGAACCGGACGCUGUAUGUUGGGCGGAUCAAGGAGACUGGGAAUGGACAGGAGACGGAGGAGGUGGUGACGAGGCAUUUCAGGGAGUGGGGGAAGAUUGAGAGGAUCCGCGUACUGCAAUACCGCAGUGUCGCUUUCGUGACCUACGUGUCCGAGUUCCAUGCGCAAUUCGCCAAGGAGGCCAUGGCAUGUCAGUCUCUGGACAACGACGAGAUUCUUAACGUUCGUUGGGCGACGGAGGACCCAAAUCCCGUCCAACAGGUCGCGGAGAAGAGGAGGUUGGAGGACUUGGGCCAGGAAGCGAUCAGAGCUCGUAUGGACCCCCGCGUCGUUGAUGCCAUGAGGUCUGUGCGAGCACUGGAGGACGGCGAUAUCCUCGACGAUGAGGACAUGCAGGAUGCCGAUGAAGGCGCCGAACCUGGAGCGAAGAGAAGAAGACUGGAGAUCGAGCCUGGAUCACCCCAUCUCGAACAAUCAUUUGCGGAUACAUUGGAGGGUCUGAAGUACUUUGCCGAGAUUCGAAAACGUAAUGGCUUUGUGCCUCCUCAGCCCAAAGCACCCCCACGGCCUCUGACGACGGGCCUCAAUCUAGGGGACUACGGCAGCGGCGAAGAAGACGAUGACUGA